AUGUCAGCAUACGCAGGCUACACCACAACCAACUACGGCGCCAAAGGAGGCGACGACUCAGGCGGUUUCUUCGCCGGCGGCUCCCAAGGCAGCCAACCCGGCACCAAAUCCUACCAAGAUGAAUCCCUCCGCCCCGUAACCAUCAAACAAAUCCUCUCCGCAGAAGAAGCCUUCGCAGGCGCCGACUUCAAAAUCGACAACUCGACAAUCACCCAAAUCACAUUCGUAGGGCAAAUCCGCUCCGUCAACCCGCAGCCCACCAACGUGACGCUCAAGAUCGACGACGGCACCGGCCAGAUCGAAGUGAAGAAGUGGAUCGACGCAGAUAAGCAGGACGACGUGAAGCCCGAGCAGCAGUACGAGCUGGAUUCGUACGUGCGCGUGUGGGGGCGUCUCAAGUCGUUUUCGAACAAGAGACAUGUGGGGGCGCAUGUGAUUCGGCCGGUGAAGGACUUUAAUGAGGUGAAUUAUCAUCUUUUGGAGGCGACGUAUGUGCAUUUGUAUUUUACGAGGGGGCCGUUGGGUGGUGCUGCGGCGAACGGUGGGGAGAGUAUGUUUGUGGAUGGCGGGGGGUAUGGGGAUGCGAAUGGUGGUGCGGCUGGUGCUGGACAGAUGCCGAAUAAGUUGUCUGGGUGUGGGCCGCUGGCGAAAAAGAUGUUUAAUUAUAUGAAUGGGACGCCGGGCGGGAAUGAGGGCGUGCAUUUGAAUGUGAUUAGUACGUCGACGGGCAUGUCGGUGAGGGAUGUGUUGUCUGCCUCGGAUGAGUUGUUGGGACAGGGGCUGAUUUAUACGACUGUUGAUGACGAGACUUGGGCUAUUUUGGACUACUAG